AUGAUGCAGCCAGGACCCGGCAUGGCCCAACAACCCAACCAGCAAUACCCACAACAACAGCAGCAGCAACAACCCUAUAUGAUGAUGCAGCCGCAGCCGCAGCCGCAGCCCCCUCAGAUGUGGGCCCCAACGGCCCAGGCUCCGCCGCAAUCGGUGGCUCCUCCGCAGCCGACUAGCGCCGAUGAGGUCCGUACUCUCUGGAUCGGCGAUUUGCAGUACUGGAUGGACGAAAACUACCUCUAUACGUGUUUCGCUCACACCGGCGAGGUGGCUUCGGUUAAAGUCAUUCGGAACAAACAAACUAGUCAAUCGGAGGGAUAUGGGUUUAUUGAGUUUACCAGUCGUGCUGGUGCUGAGAGAAUCCUUCAAACAUACAAUGGAACCAUUAUGCCAAAUGGUGGCCAAAACUUCAGAUUGAACUGGGCUUCUUUUAGUGCGGGAGAUAGGCGUCACGAUGACAGCCCGGAUCACACCAUAUUUGUUGGAGACUUGGCUGCAGAUGUUACAGAUUAUCUUCUUCAAGAGACAUUUCGGGCACGGUAUCCCUCAGUUAAGGGUGCCAAAGUUGUAAUUGAUAGGCUCACUGGCCGGACAAAGGGUUAUGGUUUUGUUAGGUUUGGAGAUGAGAGUGAACAGGUUAGAGCUAUGACUGAAAUGCAAGGGGUUCUUUGUUCAACAAGGCCGAUGCGAAUUGGACCUGCAUCUAAUAAAAACCCUAGCACUCAGUCCCAGCCAAAAGCAUCAUAUCAGAAUCCUCAAGGGGCACAGAACGAGCAUGAUCCAAAUAAUACAACUAUUUUUGUGGGCAAUUUGGAUCCUAAUGUGACCGAUGACCAUUUGAGACAAGUUUUUGGGCAGUAUGGAGAGUUAGUGCACGUGAAGAUUCCAGCUGGCAAGAGAUGUGGAUUUGUCCAAUUUGCCGACAGGAGCUGUGCAGAAGAGGCACUGCGGGUUUUAAACGGUACACUUUUGGGUGGACAAAAUGUUCGGCUUUCAUGGGGCAGAAGUCCUUCAAACAAACAGGCCCAACCAGAUGCAAACCAGUGGAAUGGUAGUGGUGGUUACUAUGGAUAUGCUGCUCAGGGUUAUGAAAAUUAUGGUUAUGCUCCUGCUGGACAGGACCCCAAUAUGUAUGGCAGUUAUCCGGGCUAUGCAAAUUACCAACCUCCCCAGCAACAACAGCAAAUAGGAUAUAGCUAA